AACGUAUUAUUCCAGUGGUUCUCUCGUACGGCGUCUGGACAUACAAGUGUUACUUGUAGUCUCCGAGUCAACAGGAAUCGAGAUGGUUCGAGUUAGUAAAGGAAGCGGAAUACUCGCGCUUCGUCGCAAUAUAUUGCAUGUAUAUUACUAUCCGUUGACAUCGUGCCACCUCCAGUAGUCUGAAUCUUCAUGCUACUUGAACCAAUGAACCAAAUUUCUACUCGGUCGUCGUAAAAUCAGGAGGGGAAGAACAUCUUAUCUUAUCUCUAAUGCACGUGCUUUAUGAAAUGAGUGCGUAACGAGACCGCAUUUGGAUCGAGUUUAUAUUCAUCCCAUCCUUGCUCAACAAACGCAUUAACAUCGUUGGAUAGAAAUUUACGAACGAUGUCGAUGCCAAUUUUUGGAGCAGAAGCGACCGAGGAGAAGGCUGAAAAUGCCCGACUCUCGUCAUUUGUCGGUGCACUCGCUCUCGGCGAUCUCGUGAAAUCAACAUUGGGACCUAAGGGCAUGAACAAAAUCCUCCAAUCUGCUUCGACGGGAGAGAUUAAUGUCACCAAUGACGGUGCUACCAUCUUGAAAGCCAUUCAAUUGGACAAUGCCGCGGCGAAGAUUCUAGUCAACAUCUCGAAGGUCCAGGACGACGAGGUCGGCGACGGUACAACGACUGUCUGCGUAUUGGCGGCGGAGCUUUUGAGAGAGGCGGAGAAACUUAUUGCGCAGAGGAUCCAUCCGCAGACUAUCGUAGAAGGGUUCCGUAUUGCCAGUGCAGCUGCUUUGGAUGCCUUGGAGAAGGCGGCCGUGGACAACAGACAAGACCCUGCCCAAUUCCGUCAGGAUUUGUUCAACAUAGCCCGGACGACAUUGUCGUCAAAAGUCCUCGCACAGGAUAAGAACUACUUUGCUAAUCUGGCUGUAGAUGCUGUUCUUCGCCUGAAGGGUUCAACGGAUCUCGACCACAUCCAAGUCAUCAAGAAGGCUGGCGGAAAGCUGGAGGACUCGUAUCUUGAUGAGGGUUUCAUUCUCGACAAAUCUAUCGGGGUCAACUGCCCUAAACGACUAGAAAAUGUGAAGAUCCUCAUCGCCAACACUUCCAUGGACACCGACAAGAUCAAGAUCUUCGGUGCUCGUCUGAAGGUGGAUAGCACCGGAAAACUCGCAGAACUUGAACGUGCGGAACGUGAAAAAAUGAAAACCAAGGUUGAAUCUAUUGCCGCACAUGGAAUCAACUGCUUCGUCAACAGGCAACUGAUUUACAACUACCCCGAGUCGCUGUUUGCGGAGAAGGGUAUCAUGACUAUCGAGCACGCCGACUUCGAAGGUGUCGAACGUCUCGCCUUAGUCACUGGUGGUGAGAUUGCCAGCACUUUCGACCGACCUGACUUGGUCAAACUUGGGCGGUGUGAUCUGAUUGAGGAGAUCAUGAUCGGCGAGGACAAAUUGAUCAAAUUCUCAGGUGUCGCAGCAGGCGAAGCUUGCACCGUCGUUCUACGUGGAUCAACGAACCAGAUGAUCGACGAGGCCGAACGCUCGUUGCAUGAUGCUCUCUCCGUCCUUUCUCAAACCGUCAAAGAGACUCGGAUUGUUCUCGGUGGUGGUUGCUCAGAGAUGUUGAUGAGUUGUGCGGUGGAACAGGAGGCUCGAAGGGUGCGGGGAAAGAAAGCCAUCGCUGCGGAGGCGUUUGCUCGUGCAUUGAGACAGAUCCCGACGAUUCUUGCUGACAAUGCAGGCUACGACUCGUCAGAUUUGGUCUCCAAGCUCCGAGCGGCGCAUUAUGAGGGCCGAUCGGAUGCAGGUCUUGAUAUGAAUAAGGGCGCGAUUGGUUCGAUGAAAGGGCUGGGUAUAACCGAGAGUUACAAGCUUAAACGACAAGUAGUUCUCAGUGCGAGUGAAGCCGCUGAGAUGAUUCUUCGGUAUGUGUUGAUAGUCAUCGUUGGAGUUACCAAGCUCACCGUCUGGUUCAGUGUUGAUGAUAUUCUGCGCGCGACGCCGAGGAAGCGGGAAGCGGUAUAAAAUGUACAAUAAUACGUGCUAAUAGGACAGUAGUAUCAUAUACGGUGCUUUAUCACUGAGAUUCCUUUGUCGUACUCCACAGUGGGAAUGACCCAAGAAUGACCUUAUCAAGACAUGUCCAGAUCGCCGUCGCUCGCGCUGAAUGUCAUAUUUGUCUCACUAUUCGGCUUUCUGUGUUGGUGGAUUUGUCAAGAAUCAAAGCCUGAUCACUAG